AUGUUGUAUAUGAAUCUUAGAGAACCCCAAGUAGUUCGUACCAAAGGACAUCCUUCUGGUGCUCAAAAUUGGCAACUAACUAGCUUAACAACAAGAGACCCCUCUGGUUUUGAGUUGGUUGAUAAUAAAGUAAGGCAAUAUAGUAUUUGCAAACAGCCUGGUCACAACACUCGUACUUGUUUAAAUAGAAGUACAGAAUAA